AUGUCGCCUAUUUCCGAAAAUGCCGAUGCCGUAAAGGCCAAGUUUGCGCCGGCGAACAGGACGGCCCAAUUUCUCGACUUCGUCUCCCAACCAGUAGUCGCGGCUUUCUGUGCCGGUGGUGUCGCCGGUGCCGUCUCGCGAACCGUUGUAUCCCCGCUCGAGCGUCUCAAGAUUCUGCUACAAGUCCAGAGCGCCGGACACAGUGAAUACAAGUUGUCGGUUGGCAAGGCGCUAGGAAAGAUGUGGAAAGAGGAAGGUUGGAGAGGCUUCAUGCGCGGCAACGGCACCAAUUGCAUUCGCAUAGUUCCUUAUUCUGCUGUGCAAUUCGGGAGUUACAAUCUCUACAGAAGGCAAUUCUUCGAAAGGGAACCAGGUACAAUCAUGGGUCCUCUUGAAAGACUGGUCUGUGGUGGCAUAGCAGGUAUCACCUCUGUCUUCUUUACAUAUCCACUUGACAUCGUUCGGACCCGGCUUUCCAUACAGACGGCCUCUUUCGCUGCGUUAGGGGAAGUGCCCAAAGACAAGCUUCCUGGAAUGUGGUCGACUAUGGGGACAAUGUACAGAUCUGAAGGCGGUAUUGGAGCAUUGUACCGUGGUAUUAUCCCUACAGUCGCCGGCGUGGCUCCAUACGUCGGAUUGAAUUUCAUGACAUAUGAAUUUGUUCGCAAGUAUUUGACGCCAGAGGGUGAGCAGCACCCUAGCGCAGCGCGAAAACUUCUUGCAGGUGCAGUCUCCGGUGCCGUUGCGCAAACCUGCACAUAUCCCUUUGACGUAUUGAGACGGAGAUUUCAAAUCAAUACCAUGUCUGGCAUGGGUUAUCAAUACAAAUCGAUAGGGGAUGCUAUUCGAGUUAUCGUAGCCCAGGAGGGCGUACGUGGCUUGUAUAAGGGCCUCGUUCCCAAUCUACUUAAGGUUGCUCCUAGCAUGGCUGCUAACUGGCUCAGCUUUGAGCUCACUCGCGAUUUCCUCCAUCCCGUCGACUCUCGAGAUCGCCAACGAGUCACCGUCAAGAUGGGUAUCGACGUGCCAGGAAAACACCACCUCCGUGGUACUCACAGAAAGGCGCCCAAGAGCGACAAUGUGUACCUUAAGCUCCUCGUGAAGCUUUACCGCUUCUUGGCCCGCCGUACCGACAGCAGCUUCAACAAGGUUGUCCUCCGUCGGCUGUUUAUGUCCCGCAUUAACCGCCCCCCGGUCUCCCUCUCGCGUGUCAAGUCUCAGAUCACCCGUGGUGACCAGGCUGACAAGACCGUCGUCGUUAUCGGCACCAUCACCGACGACAACCGCCUCCUCGAGGUCCCUAAGGUCACAAUCGCUGCUCUACGCUUCACUGCCACUGCCCGUGCUCGCAUCAUUGCUGCUGGUGGCGAGUGCCUCACCCUCGACCAGCUUGCCCUACGUGCUCCUACCGGAAGCAACACCCUUCUGCUCCGUGGCCCCAAGAAUGCUCGUGAGGCCGUCAAGCACUUUGGCAUGGGUCCCCACAAGAACAAGAAACCCUAUGUUCAGUCCAAGGGCCGCAAGUUCGAGAAGGCUCGUGGUCGCAGAAGGUCAAGAGGUUUCAAGGUCUAA